AUGGAGACAAUGAAGGACUAUGGAACGGCAUCUUACAACUCCGAGUCCGAUGGACGCGUGAUAUACACUUGCAAGGCUGCCCAAGACCAACACCCAGAAGGUAGAGGGUUUGACUGUCGUCUUACCUUCUUCACCCUCCGUCUUGGUGUACUCUUCCACUGGGUUACGCACAGAGAUGUGGUCAUCUCAGGUUCGGCGCUUCUGAGGAAGCUGCUCGGCCAUUUCCCUCGUGAUCGCUUCCAGAUCGUCCAGGCCGUCGACAUCACUCCCAUCGAGUCAAUCCUCAAGACCAAACUUUUUGAUCACAACUGGAUUCUUUGGACCUUGCAAUACCUGCAAUUCGCCCAUGAUUACCCAAAAGGCCACCCAGAUCGCCGGCCGUUCCCGGACGCCCUCGCUUUCGCGCUUUCAGCCGACCAUGGCAUCUCGGAAUUGAUUGGUUUGUGCACUGUUGCGACUUUCUUUGGCAUCCCCCAUCUCAAGGCGAUCGUCAUAUCUGGUUGGAACUUCUACCACACAACGCUCUUGAAGAAUAUCUUGCUCGUCUCCAGCGAGGGUUCUACGGGAACGGCGCAGUGGAUGAGGCAGGCCAAUUUAUCCAGCCAACUGCAGCACGUGGCCGACGCCGUCGAGAGGGCCGCUCCCAUUGUCCCUCGCGAUAGUCACAUGUGGAUCUCAGUUGCGCGCUUUCUGCUCGCCUUGCGCCAGGUCCUCGACGGCACCGACGGCGGAGAACAAGUCAGGCAGGUCAUCGCGCGGCUCAACCCGAUCGCCCCCUUUGCCCACGCCUGCGUGGAAGUAAGCCUUAACAUCCGGCCCGCCAGUCUCGUGGGCGUGUUCCGGUCACCCGUGGACUGGAACCUGCAGUGCGAGACUUGUGCAUGCACAGCCUGCGCGAACGUCAUCUUCGCCCGGGACCUUGUAGCACGGACGGCCGAUGAGAUUGCUGGCGGCGCGGUUCAAAAGUCUGCGCUGGUCAAUCCAUUCGACGGCUUUAGGACUCUUUUCUGUGACUUCUGCACCCAACGCUGUGGUGUGCCUUGGGCCGGAGGAAACAAGCCGUGUGUCCCACACGAGUAA